AGUCCAAAGCAUCAGCAUCUUUGUUGCCAGUGUCAGGAUUCCGUCGGAGGGAUGCUGAGGGCCUCGGUGGAGGACAGGGAUGAUGAGCAGGAGGAUGAAGGGGAUGAAGAGUUGGGGGACGGCGGGGUGCCUUUCUACGUCAACCGAGGUGGCCUCCCCAUGGACGAGGACACCUGGGAGAGAAUGUGGCGGCACGUGGCUCGGAUCCACCCGGACGGGGAUGCGUUGGGAAAGAGCAUCCGUGGUGCCACUGACUUGCCCAAGAUGCCAAUACCAAGCGUGCCUACAUACCAGCCUACCACCGCGAUCCCACUGCGCCUGGAAGCCAUACAGAAAUACAUCAGGGAAUUACAAUACAAUCACACCGGGACGCAGUUCUUUGAAAUAAAGAAAAGCCGACCUCUUACUGCGUUGAUGGACAUCGCCAAGGAGAUGACGCGUGAAGCCCUGCCAAUCAAAUGCCUGGAGGCAGUCAUCUUGGGCAUUUACCUCACCAACAGCAUGCCGGCCGUGGAACGCUUCCCCAUCAGCUUUAAGUCUCAGUUCUCAGGGAACUACUUCUACCACAUCGUGCUGGGAGUCCACAGCGGCGGACGUUUCGGCGCGCUGGGCAUGAGUCGGCGAGAGGAUCUCAUGUUCAAGCCCCUGGAGCACCGCACGUUGAUGGACUUGGUGCAGGACUUUGAAGGGGCCUACAGGGGCUACUGGCACGCCCUGCGCAAGGUCAAGAUUGGCCAGUACGUGUCACAUGACCCUCACAGCGUGGAGCAAAUAGAGUGGAAGCACUCCGUCCUGGAUUUAGAUGGGCUGAGCAAGGAAGAGUUGCGGAAGGAACUGGAGAGACACACUCGAGACAUGAGGCUCAAGAUAGGAAAGCCAACACCUCCAACUCCCACCAAAGAUAGGAGAAAUAGCAUGGGUUCACCCCUAAGAGGACCGGGAAGCCCAGUUCGUAGAAUCAGCUGUGUUGAGAGACGUCCAUCUGGAGAGAAGAAGGCUCUGGAACAGAAAGCAUCUGGAGACAUGAAUGUUUAUCAGAUUCGAGUGUGA